AUGGCGUCGUCAUCAUCAUCACAAAUUCAAAAUGGGAAAUCGAGGAGAUCAUCAUCAUCUGUUGUUAACGAGAGUCGUCAAAACAAAGGAAAUGAAAUUUACAAAGAUGGAGAAAAUGAAAAAAUAGAAAAUUUGAUCGAUAUUGAUGUGGGGGGCAGUCCGAAGAGGGAGGGAGAAAAAUUAGAAAUAGAUUUAUUCGGAUUUCGUUUUCAGACGGACAUACCCGAAGUUGUUAACAAAAGCGGAAAUGAAAAUCUACUCAAGGAUUUCAUGGUCGAGAAAACGGAAAAGAGAGUCAAAAGUGGUGGUGGAGGAGAAGGAGGAGAUGGGGGCGGCGGCGGCGCGGAUUUGAUUCAAAUCGAAAUCCCGGAUUCGAAACCGAUGAAAAAAUUCGAAUACGUCGAUGAGAAAAUAUUUUCAGGUUUGGACGAUCACAGUAUUUUAGAUAACAUAAUAAAAAGUUUUUCCGAAGAUGAUUUCAGUUAUUAUUUGGAGGGGGAAAAGGAGAAAAACAUAACGAGCGAUUCGGGUUUGGAAGUUUGUUUGAGCGGAUCCGACGUCGACGUUUGUUUGAAAAUAAAUAACAAAAGGGAUUUUCCGAACGAUUGUUGGUCGGAAAACAACGUCGUGGAAAAAGUCGAAUUGAAAACCCUGCAGCAAAUAUUCGACAGGAGUUUUUCCUCGAAUUUAUCAUCGCCGAGAGGAUCGACGUCUUUCGACGAUGACAUUCUAUCGACGGAACAUUCGGAUGAAAAGAGUCAUCAUUCCACGGUCGCGACGACGACGACGACGACGACGAGUUUUAAAAAUAAAACGAAAGAUUCCAGGCAUAACGGUUUCGGACAAAAGAAAAUGCAAAAAUCAAUUUCGAAAAAUUCCGGAAUGGCGGCGGGGGCGGGGGCGUCGGCGUCGGCGGCGGAUGAGAUUUCGAAAAAGUCGUCGCAAACCGUCAAAACGUCUGCUGAUUUCAUCCCAGCGAAAACGGAUUCGGUUAAUUUUUGUAAAAAAAUAAAAAGGAGUUCGUCGGAAACGAUGAAACGAUGUAAACAGGGGAGAAAAUCAAAGGAAUCAAACGUCAAAAAGGAAAUUGUUAAAAUGGAAAAAAAGAAAAUGGCGGGAAACAAAGAAUUUGAUCAUCACGAUGACGUCAUCGUCGUUGGAAAAAUAAACGAUGGUCUCAAUAAUAAGAAAAGAGAUAUAAAUUAUAAAAUGACGGAUCGUUUCGAUGAAAAUCUCAUAGAGUACAACGUUAAAAAUUUUGACGUCAACGUAAAUAACGAAAAUGGUUGUCACGUGGGAGACAGUCUUCUGGUUCAUCAAACGACGACUGAUGGUAACGGCAAAAAAAUAGACAUACUCGACGAAUUGGUAGCGGACGAGUUGGAGGAAACGAGAAAAUUGUCGAGGAAAUACGGUUUGAAAAUACCCGGAAAAGGAGUGAAAGCGGAUACGAGCAACAGCAACAACAGCAACGGUAUUCUUCCUCCUCCUACUCCUCCUACUACUUCCGUCGUCGACGCCAUAAGUCCGGAACGUUGUAUAAAAGUAUUAGAAAAUCACAUAAAACAUUUUAAACCCGUUUUAGAUGGGGGACCGAUAAAUAAUAAGAAUUAUUGCGAUAGGGAAUCGAGAUUGAAAAGUUUUCGUUACACCAGGUACGAAAGUUUCGGGGAUCCCGAUUUCGGUACUCCAGUUUAA